UUCGAAUAUCAACAUGGCGCAGCACGACUCGGUCCAGACGCUGUGCUAUGUGGUCCUCAUCAGCAUCAUCGCCGCGUCCAACUUUGUCCUGAUCCCCGUGAACGUCCAGCUGAUCUUGUCGGCCACGUCCAUCGUGUACAUUGGCGCCACGCUGUCCCUCAAACUCAAGCACAAGCGCGAAGCCGCGGGUGAAAAGAACGAAGACGCAAUGACCAAAGAGGACGCGUACAUGUUUCCCGUGAUCGGAUCGGCGAUGCUCCUGGGGUUGUACCUGGCCUUCAAGUUCUUCGACAAGGAGGUCGUGAACCUCCUCCUCACGACGUACUUUGCCCUCAUUGGCACGUACAGUUUGACGGACGCGUUCUCGCCCAUCGUGCGCCAGGUCGCGUUUUCCGAAAACGAAUCCCACUUCGUCCGCAAGUUUACGCUUCCGUACUUUGGCUUGAAGACGUUGGACUUGACGGCGUCGUGGGUCGUCACGGGCGUGCUCGCGGCCAUCUUUGCCGCCGCGUGGUUCCAAACCAAGCAUUUUGUCCUCAACAACAUCUUCGCCACAUCGUUGGCGAUCAAGGGCAUUGAAUCCCUGAGCUUGGGAUCGUACAAGGUCGGCGCCAUCUUGCUGGUCGGGCUCUUCUUUUACGACAUCUUUUGGGUCUUCGGCACCGACGUCAUGGUCACGGUUGCGACCAAGUUUGACGGCCCCAUCAAGCUCUUGUUUCCCCGCGUGUUUGCCACGGCCACCGAAAAGGCCAAGUUUUCUCUCUUGGGUCUCGGCGAUAUUGUCAUUCCCGGCAUCUUUGUAGCGCUGUUGCUCCGCUUUGAUGCGUUCCGCGCCGGGGUCACCCACGACGACCAGCCAUUUGCCCGACCCUACUUCCAUGUGAACGUGUUGUUUUACGUGCUGGCGCUGGUGGCGACUGUGAUUGUGAUGGUGUUCUUCAACCACGCCCAGCCGGCGUUGUUGUACCUAGUGCCCGGUUGCUUGGGAUCGUCGUUGAUCCAAGGAUUGGUUCGAGGGGAGUUGAAGGAGUUGCUCGCGUACAGCGAAGAAGACGAAGAAGACAAGAAGGUGGACGACAAGAAGGUCGAGGACAAGAAGGUCGAGGACAAGAAGUCCAAAUAAACGAGUGACUCUCGCUGCAUACGUUCAUAUAAUAUCCGUCGCACUAUAACGUCGCCUUGUGUUAAGGCGUUCCAUCGUACAGAUGUCACAUUCGC